AUGCACAGUCACGUUUUUAACUUCCUUCGUCUUCCUCUCGCAUGCACAUGAUUCUUCUAGCACCUUCUUCCAUCGCCACCAACAUACAUAUCUAGGUAACCUGAACUCUCCUGUUCGAUUCUCGCUUGAAAAGAAAAGUAGAGGAAAGAGAGAGUUUUCUGGAAGUUAACAGGAGAAGAUGGAAAGCAGUAAAGAUGAAAUAGUGGACGUGAGGUCAGUGGUUGAAGCUAUUUCCGCCGACGACGACUCUAUCGACACUCCUCUAUACCAGGUCGAGAGUCUCUGCAUGCGUUGCGGCGAAAACGGAAUUACAAGAUUUCUGUUGACGUUAAUUCCUCACUUUAGGAAGAUCUUGUUGUCAGCCUUUGAAUGUCCACAUUGUGGUGAAAGGAACAAUGAAGUUCAGUUUGCUGGUGAGAUCCAACCUAGAGGUUGUCAGUACCGUUUGGAGGUCCCAUCAGGCGAUCAGAAGAUGUUUAACCGCCAAGUAGUGAAAUCUGAAUCUGCCACAAUUAAGAUUCCCCAACUUGAAUUUGAGAUCCCUCCGGAGGCUCAACGUGGAAGUUUGUCAACUGUGGAAGGGAUGAUGGUACGAGCUGCAGAUGAAUUACAGGCCCUUCAAGAAGAACGCAAGAAAGUGGAUCCUCAAACUGCUGAACGAAUAGACCAGUUUUUGGUGAGAUUGAGAGCUUGUGCAGCAGCAGAGGCAUCCUUUACCUUCAUCUUGGAUGAUCCAGCAGGAAACAGCUUCAUAGAGAACCCGUUUGCUCCAUCUCCAGACCCAUCUUUGAGUAUCAGGUUCUAUGAGCGAACUCCGGAGCAACAAGCAGCGUUGGGCUACCUUGUUGACUCAUCACAAGUGGAAACACCGGCUGACGGAUCAUCAGGAGAAGCUAUAAGCAAUGUAACCGAUCAAACAAAGACGCAACCACAUGGAUCAGUUGGAGCAGCAGCUGGUCAUCGAGCCAUUGCACAAAGUAAUAGUGCUGAAAUUGCAGAAGCUUUGUUUCGGUACACUGCACCAGAAGAGGUGAUGACAUUCCCAUCGACUUGUGGAGUAUGUGCUGUGAGAUGUGAGACACGGAUGUUUGUGACCAACAUUCCUUACUUUCAGGAAGUCAUUGUCAUGGCAUCCACAUGCGACGCUUGUGGCUACCGUAAUUCUGAGUUGAAGCCUGGUGGACGAAUCCCUGAAAAGGGUAAAAAGAUCACUCUAUGUGUUAGGAACAUUGAUGACCUUAGCCGUGAUGUAAUCAAGUCGGAUACAGCAAGUGUAAAAGUCCCAGAACUUGAGUUGGAGCUGGCAAGUGGCACUCUGGGUGGAAUUGUCACCACAGUGGAAGGGUUGAUUACAAAAAUCAGCGAAAGCCUUGAGAGAGUGCACGGAUUCACUUUUGGAGAUAGUCUUGAUGAACAUAAAAAGAACAAGUGGCAAGAAUUCAAAACAAGAUUACAAAAGCUUCUGAGUUUGGAAGAACCUUGGACUUUGAUCCUUGAUGAUGCAUUAGCAAACUCUUUUAUUGCCCCGGCAACUGAUGACAUCAAAGAUGAUCAUCAAUUAACAUUCGAGGAAUAUGAGAGGUCAUGGGAGCAAAACGAGGAGUUGGGUCUAAAUGAUAUCGACACAUCUUCAGCAGAUGUUGCUUAUGAGCCAAAAGAUACAACCAAAAACGAGAUAAGGGAAGCUUAGAUUACAGCAAGGUAUAUUUAUUCUUGCAAAAUACGCAUUUGUUUUUCCUCUUUAUUUAAAUUUUUGUAAACUAGGAAGGAGGAGCACGUUAGUUAUUGUUGGGAAAAGAACACAUUUUGCACUUGUGUUGUAAAAUACAAAAUUUUUUAAAGAGGUGAACUUCUGUCAACAACUCCGCUCUGCAUGGUUUUUCAGUUGCACUUAAUUCGAAAUACCAUGUAAAUAUAAUCACUGCCCUUUAAACCA